AUGACAGAAGUAUGUCAGACGUCUUCUCCGGUGUCAGCUGAUCCUGGCGAAGUAAUGAAGAUUGAGACUCAAAUUAUGUGUAUGAGUUUCCGUCCACCUCUAUUCGAUGAUAAAAUAUUCAAAGACGAGUGUAUGUAUUGCUUUAAAACCCCUCUUGAUGCAGAUGGGUUAUUUAUCUGCUUGGAGAGGUUUGCUGGUUUCUGCAUAGAUCAUGUAUUGAUUUAUUGUAAGCGAACAGCGCGAAAAGCCUUUCUAUGGUAUAAGCAAACCAAAGUUUUACUUACUAAAUCCGAAGAACCAGAAGAUAAAGUGACGAAGUUAGCGCUUGGUGUUGAAGGAGGUUUUUCCUCUGGCCUGCAGUUCCGUCUUGUUGAUGAGUAUGCAGUUAUUAUAUGCCCCAUGUUUCAUAUAAAAGUCUCAUUGAGCAGACUCCCACCAAAGACACAAGAAGUUUGCCAGAAAAUUAUUGAUGAUGAAGGUGUACGAAGACAAGAGGCGCUAGAAGCUGGAGUCAGUGUAUGGGAGGGUGAUGAACGAAAGAAUACUUUGCAUUUAAAUUUGAAACAGGCAAACAAUGGAAAACGAAUACCACCUCGAGGAUGGAAAUGUGAGGAGGAAGGUUGCGAUCUUAGAGAAAAUUUAUGGAUGAACUUGACCGAUGGUGCAAUCAUGUGCGGCCGUUCACAGUAUGUACAAGAAGGAGUGAUGAGUAAGGGUCAGAAUCACGCUCGACUGCAUUUUGAUUUAACUGGCUACCCUUUAGUUGUUAAGUUGGGAACGAUUACGAAGGAUGAUGCAGAUGUAUUUAGCUAUGAUGAAGAUUGUUCAGUUCGUGAUCCAAAUUUGAAAAAACAUCUUAAGCAUUUUGGUAUUGAUAUGGACAAAGCUGAAAAAACUGAAAAGAGCACACUCGAAAUGGAACUGGAUCUUAAUCAGAAAUGGGAGUGGGAAAUGUGUCAGGAAGAUGGAGCAAAUCUCGAAUUGGCUUAUGGCCCUGGUCUUACUGGAAUCAUAAAUAUUGGAUCAUCCUGUUAUAUCAGCGCAUCUUUACAAUUGUUGUUGCAAAUCCCGGAUUUUGUUAACAUUUAUGGAACUGAGUUCGAGAAGCAUUACUUAAACGUUCCAAUACUGGACUCCCAUACGGAUUUCAAUUGUCAAACCGCGAAGGUGUUUUCAAGUUUGUUAAGUGGCGAAUUUUCAAAAAAAGAUGGCAUUUGUAAUGGUAUAAAACCAACGCAGUUUCGAAAAAUAGUAUCAAGAGGGAAUGCUGAAUUUUCUAGCAUGCGACAACAAGAUGCAGAUGAGUACUUAAGGUAUAGUAUGCUAUUAUUAUUAUUAUAAUA